CACGAGUUUGCUGCCGCCGCGAUGAGCAUCCUGCUCUCAACCGUCGUGCAUGGCGUCUCUCGACUGCGGAUGGGGUGCGGGCUGUCGCGGGGGCUCCCUCCGGCGUUGUGCAUGCACUGAGCUCACGUUCUCUCGAUGUGCUCGACGGGUGCUGUCUUGCGCACUGGGAAGUAUCAGUCCACAUUAUGAAUACUGUAGACUACACAAUCAAGCCCUGUAUCAGUCUCAAGUCGUUCAUUUCAUUAAGCUGAUGCUCAAGAGAGCAUCGAGUCUCGAGCUUCUCUGCCCGCCGCUGGAUAAAUCUACCAAGCGCGGAGAGCGCCCAAACAGGCAGGUACUGUCAGCGCACAGGCUUGCUGAGUUGAUGGGUUGAGGAUCAGGGUCCCGCUCCAUCACACGCCACCAACGGCGAUCACGGUACAUGCCGUGUGUCUCGUCACCUCCCUGCACUUCUUUGUCUACACUCAAGCUUUCUCCUCUACACUCUGGCU